GGAACCCCGCCGCUCCGGGCGCCGGAGACCGUGCCGGGACCGGAAGCUCGCAGGCGCCCUUCCGGUGGGAGGGGCCGCAGCGCGAGCAGGCGGGGCCCCUGCGGGGGCGGCCCGCGUCGCCCAAGGCGUCACUUCCGGCGCGGCGCGUGCCCCUGGAGAGACCCAUCCAUGGAAGGCAAACCCUUGCUGGUCUCCAAGCAGAAGACGGAAGUGGUGUGUGGGGUCCCCACGCAGGUGGUCUGCACAGCCUUCAGCACUCACAUCCUGGUGGUGGUGACCCAGUUCGGGAAGAUGGGUACCCUGGUCUCCCUGGAGCCCAGCCCCGUGGCCAGUGACAUCAGCAAGCCUGUGCUCACCACGAAGGUCCUCCUGGGGCAGGACGAGCCUCUCAUCCAUGUCUUAGCAAAGAACCUGGUGACAUUUGUGUCUCAGGAAGCUGGGAACAAAGCGGUCCUCCUGGCCAUGGCCGUGAAGGACAGGAGUGUGGAGGGGCUGAAGGCCUUGAAGGAGGUGAUCCAGUCCUGCCAGGUGUGGUGACCCUGGAGCAGCAGACACACCUGCUACUCAGCGAGCUGAGGGGACACGCGACACCCGGGGUCAGGCAGGAGGAGGAGCUCUGCCUUUAGCUCUAGAAGCCAGAAGAAACGUGCGCAUCCCAGGCAGACUGGUACUUUGGGCGCUAACUUAUCCGCGGGUGGAGGAAACCUGCGGAGUGUGUCUGAGGGCUGUGAACGGUUCUUACCCGGGUCCAGAUCGCUGCGUAUGUUUGAGACUUGAAAGAUGAGUCAUCAGGCAUGAGUCCUGGCCCCCCACGUGCAGUAUCUGUUGUUGAAGGAAAUUUUUUUUAUUCUCAAUAAAUGCCUGUCCCCGGA